GAACCCAGAUCACGCUGCACGUUGGUCCGAGUAUGCUUCAAACGAUCGUGACAGCAGCUGCAUGUGACCCGAUCAUAAUGCCUGUGAUAGGAAGAGGAGGACAGAUGAGAACAGCAGGCCAGUGGAGCAAUUAGAACAGAAGCAGCCAGUGGCAAAUGGAAGGAAGACGCUUGAAGGGAACACAAAAGAAGCUUGUGACAGCUGAGGUCAGAUGACGGGAAUGCUCAAACAAUGGACAUAAUGGAUGAAAAGGUACUCUAUGUUUAGUUGAGAGAGGCAGGAGAGAGGAGGUGUGAUAUGUAUGAGAGGGAAAAGGGGAACGAGGCAGGGAUAGAGACAGUUCCCAUUAACUAUUUAUAGGACAACGUGCAUGUCUGUUUCUGUUAGUGCGCAUGCGUGUGAUAAUGUCAAGUGGGGAGUGUGUGUGUACUGUGUAUGUAAGAAUGUAGCUGUAAGUACAAGCUCCUGUGCUGUACAAAAUUCAGCAUAAUGUUUGAAUAGUAGCAUACAGAGCAGAGACAUUAUGAACUUUAUUCUUGUAUGGGAUGUUGUACCAUAUGAUAUUUUAGAAAAUGGUGGCACUGAGUGUGGAGGUUGGCCCGUGGACAGGAUGUGCGGUUCUCUUCCUGCGCUCCUGUCCCGCAGUGAACCUGCUCUCUCUCUACAAAGACCAGCAGGGCAAGUUCAGCGUCUUCAAAGUCCUCAAGCUGACACUCACAGACUCAGUUGGGGGGCUGGAGGGGUACGAGAUCCUAAAGCUGCACGAUGCAGAUCCUCUGCUGGGUGUGGAGGUGAAGUUUGUGGAUGUGGCGGCGUGCCGCAGGUUCCUGCAGAGCUAUGGCUCCGGUGCCGUACAACAGUCCCUCUCCCAGCACACCUGCCGCCUCCUCCACAUCCCACAACAGGAGCUUGCCUUGGAAACCCAGCUCAAAGCCGGGACGCACACUUUGGACUUUUGUCUGGACGACCUGGAGCUCUGUCUUCAGCACAUCCACCAGUCACAGCCGGAGCGCCUACGGGAUGAUGAGAUUGCUGAGCUGGACCAGCAGCUGCAGAGCCAGGCCUUGGGUCACAUUCCCCAGCCACCCACCCUCACACAGGAAGAGCCCCCCGUGCCCAGCAACUGUUUCCUGUUCCAGAAGAGGGUGUUUGAGGACCGCAUGCUGGCGGCGGGGGACCUGCAGCGGUUCUCCAACGGCGUUGGGCGGGACUGGAGGAAAGUGGGGCGGGCCUUGGGCAAGAACUGCCGUGCGCUGAAGGGGCCGGCCAUAGACAACCUGGCCUACGAGUAUGAGAGGGAGGGGCUGUAUGAGCAGGCCUAUCAGCUGCUGAGCCGCUUCAUCCAAGCGGAGGGGAGGGCGGCACGACUGGGCCGGCUGGUCAGAGCACUGGAAGACAGCAAACUCACUAGCCUGGCUGAGAACAUUUUGGACAUCCAGCCCCGGGAUUGACACUGUCUGUCACACUGUCUGAGGGUGUGUGUUGGUCUGUGUGUGUGCAUCUGUGUCUGUGUGAAAGAGUGGUAACGUGUGGGUGGCAUUGUUUGUGUGAGCGCAAACGUGUGUGCACUAACUUACCUAGGUGCUACCAUGUGUCAGUUCUGUGUGAGCUUCGUGUCUGUGAGCUUGAUUGUAUGUUUUUUUAUUUGAGUAAAAAUGUCUUGUGUUACAAAACCAAUAGUUCUCAUAAUUGCUAUGUCACGUCAUUGUUGUCUCUGGUUGGAGAGCAAACUAAAAUCACUGCGGGCCUUUUCUUCUUCUGCUUUAAACCCAACCCCCUUUCUCCACCACAGACUGGACCAUUGAUGCAUUUGAUCAUUCUACCAAUAACCUAGAUUAAUAUUGAACAAUUUGCAAUGGGAUUGUGGAAUAUUUGUUUCGAAUUCCAAAUAAAGUGUUGGAUUUAUAAAAACGAA